AUGAAGAAAUUACACUCAUCAUCAUCGUUAGAGAAAAAAGACAGCAACCGGAUGCAGAUCAAAAACGUCGAUCGGAUCAGCAACCUUCCGGACGAGGUGUUGCUCAUAAUACUAAAGAGCAUGUCCACAGAAAAAGCAGUUCAGACAAGUUUGUUGUCUAAACGUUGGGAAGGUGUUUGGAAGAAAAUGCCUUAUCUCUUCUUCGAUACGAGAAAGGCUCUCAAGGUGGAGGUGUCUCAAGCCGAACAUUCCAAUUUCAUUGCCCCAUUGAUAACCAAGGUUAUAAACAAUCACAAUGGCAAUUUGGAGCACUGCAAAAUCCAGCAUUUUUCAAACCAAAGUCUAGAUGGUACACUCGAAACUUGGAUCCGAUCAUUGAUCUACGUGAAACACACUAAAUGUCUCGCAAUUGAGAGAGUUCAUGAUAAUAUUCUUUCUCUGAAGGGUCUGGUGUUCCUCUUACCCCCAAACAUAUUUUCACAUCCAACACUCACCUCACUACUCGUGUCUCGAUUCAUAUUUGACUUUGCACAUGCCUUUAACAAUUGCAAGAAUCUCAGAAUUCUUAAACUUUACCAAAUUAAAGUUAAACUUGAUGUGCUCAACACAGUCAUUGCAUCGUGCCCCUCCCUCAAGAUGCUGGUACUAGAAGUCUACUGGUACAGCCGACGUGGUUGUUUAAAGAUUCAUAACAACAACUUAAAGAUUGUGCAUCUGUCCUUCACCGAAAUUGAUAACAUUGAAGUGUCCGCAGCUCUUCUGGACAUAUUCUCUAUUCACAAUUUUGAACUUGCGAGGGGGACUAAAUUCGUUCUUGACACCCCAAGAUUACUCCAGUUCAGUCAAAGAUGGGGAGAUGUAGACCAAAGUGUGUCUCACAUCGUCUACAAUAUCUCAUGCGACACUCAGGGGAAUGAAAACAUUGGACAUGAAUUCGUGAGUAACAUUGAAAAUUACGAAAACAUUGAGUUUGCAACUUUGGCGGUGAAUGUGGAUAUGAUGAAUCCAAAAGAGGUUUGCAUGCUAAAGGAAGUUUUAGAUGCAUGGGCUAGAGACUUGCAAAAACUCUAG